CAAACUGUCACCAUGCCCAUUCUGGAGAGAGACGCGUCGAGGGACCCGGCGGAAAGUCAACAUGCCUUGCCCAAGGUCCCUCUGCCCCCGCUGAAGCAAACCCUCGACAUGUACCUGAAGAGCAUGGAGCACCUGGUGGGGAAGGAGCAGUUCAGCAAAACCAAAACCAUCGUGGAGAAGUUCGGGGCCCGCGGGGGGGCCGGCGAGACCCUGCAGAAGAAGCUUCUGGAACGGAGGGAAAGUACGACCAACUGGAUCUAUGACUACUGGCUCCAAGACAUGUACCUGACCAACCGAGUGGCUCUGCCCGUGAACUCCAACCCUGCCAUGGUCUUUCCCAAACAGGCCUUCCGAGAUCGGAAAGACGCCCUCAGAUUCGCUGCUCAUCUCGUCACGGGGGUGUUGGAGUACAAGUCUCUCAUUGACACACAGGCGCUGGCCGUGGACUACGCCCGGGGCCAGCUGGCCGGCACCCCGCUGUGCAUGCAGCAGUACAGCCGCAUGUUCACCUACUACCGCCGGCCGGGUCACACGACCGACACCCAGAUCGAGAGCCCCGCCGCCGCCGCGGCCUCGGAGCCGGAGCACAUCAUCGUGGCGUGUAAAAACCAGUUCUUUGUGUUGGACAUAGUCUCCAACCUAAAGAGGCUGAACGAGAUGGACAUCUUGUCCCAGCUUGAGAAGAUCGUGUCCAUGGCAGAGAGAUCUCAGGACAGGCUUCCCCCCUUCGGCCUCUUCACCUCCGAUGGCAGGAAGGAAUGGGCUCAAGCCAGGGACGAACUCAUUAAAGACCCGACCAACAGGGCGUCCCUGGCGCUGAUGGAGAGCUGUGUGUGCGUGGUGUGUCUGGACGAGCCCACCAAGCUGGAGCCCAGCGACACCAACCGGGCCCUGCUGCUGCUCCACGGAGGGGGCCGCGACAUGAACGGCGGCAACCGCUGGUACGACAAGUCCAUGCAGUAUGUGGUAGGAAUGGACGGCGUGUGCGGCGUGCUGUGUGAGCACUCGCCCUUCGAGGGCAUCGUGAUGGUGCAGAGCUCAGAAUACCUGCUGAAGUACAUGACAAGGAGCCCCUCCAAGAUGGCGAGGUCACUCAGCGUGACGGAUCUUUCUCCACCGAGGAGGCUGCCCUGGAAGUCCAAUCCUCACAUCCAGGCUCUCCUAUCAGGCUCUUCAGAUAGACUUCAGAGGCUAGUCGCUAACCUUGAUAUGGACGGCUACAAGUUCAAAUUCUACGGGAAAGAAUUCAUCAAGAAGCAGAGGAUGAGUCCAGAUGCUUACAUACAGGUGGCGUUACAACUGGCCUUCUACAGAUGCAACGGCCGGCUUGUCUCCACCUACGAGAGCGCCUCCAUCCGCCGCUUCCAGGAGGGCCGCGUGGACAACAUCCGCUCUGCCACCCCCGAGGCACUGGCCUUCGUGAAGUCCAUGACGGAUGAAAAGCCGGCUCUCAGUGAUUCGGAAAGGAUGAAAAGACUGCGGGAUGCCAUAAAGGCCCAGACUGACUACACGAUUGCAGCCAUCACAGGGAUGGCCAUAGACAAUCAUCUCCUGGGGCUUCGUGAGAUGGCCAAGGAGCUCAAGAUGGAGCAGCCGGAUAUCUUCUCUGAUGAGACGUACCGGGCCAGCAACCAGUUUAUCCUCUCCACCAGUCAGGUCUCCACGGUGAUGGAGAUGUUCUGCUGCUACGGCCCCGUGGUGCCCAACGGCUACGGGGCCUGUUACAACCCCCAGGCCAACCACAUCGUCUUCUGCGUGUCCAGCUUCCGGGAGAGCACCGAGACCUGCUCGGCGGUGUUCACCAAGGCACUGGAGCAGGGUCUGCUGGAGAUCAGGGACCUGUGCCAUAGAAGUGGUGCUGCUGCCGCCGCCGCCGUCUCCGGCCUAGACCAGCUCAUCAUCACCCUCCCCCUCCUCAUCGUGCCCACACCCUCCCCCCUGAACACUCUCAAAGCGAAGGGGGAGAAGGAGGAGCAGGAGCAGGAAUGA